CCCAUGGUGCCAUCUCAUUCCACAAGCGCGCCCCCCCCCCAUUCCCCGACGCAGGGUGCCUUCCAAGGGUCUCUCCCCCCACUUGCCAUGUGUCCGUCCUGUUGUUCGUUGCCACUUUCCGCCCUUCCCCCGUUCACCAAAAAUAACGUUUUCCAACACUUUCCUCCUCUUCUUUCUGCUUUGCAGCCAUGUUGA